ACUAACCCAAGAUCCACACUGAUUCACUUUAACAACAAUUUCUUCCAUUUUCGGUGAGGGUGAAGUAAUUGGGGACUGUGUAGAAGCAUUUUGCGGUUAUAAACACUUCCUUUUCUUCACUUUGCUUUGAUCGUCAACUGAAACAAAUAUGGAGGGUGCCGGUGGCGGCAAGGGCAGAGAAGAGGAACAAGACGGCAUGUCUGUACAUUCUCCAUGCAAAGCUCCCCCUUCCUCUGCCUCCUCUCUCCCCAAGGAGCAAUCACAGGUUGAAUUGGAGCUUAGACUCUUAGAAGCUCUUGAAAUCUAUCCUCCUGCCAAACUACGAGGAAUACAUAGACAUUUUGUCCUUUAUGGUCUAAUGGAAUUCCUAAGGAGAAGUUUUGACCGACAAUUUUCUGCGGAUGAGGUCUUGCAGUUGCUGGAUCGAUUCUACAACUUAGAGAUGCUGAAACCAGAUGAUGAGGAGAUGGAAAUCCUUAAUCACGAGGAGGAUUUUGCCUUGCCAGAAAGUUACUUUGUUAAGGAAGAGCCAUGACUGAAUAUUCUUCACCUUUGAUAUGCAUAUAUGUUCUUUCCAUACAUAUUAGUUGGUUUUAUCUUGGUUGGCUGUCAUGGCAGUUAAUGUAUCUUGAUCGUAUUACAAAAAAUCUUUCUCUAUACAAGUUAGGUGCAAAUUCUCCAGCCAGUCUUGCAGAUUGAAUCAUGACUGAGAUUUUGAUAUGCAUAUGUUUCCUAACUACUUUUCUUUAGCUUAUGGAGCUGUGACUGGUAGUUCUAGUAAUUGAUAAUGGUUCUUUUUCGUCUUUUC